AUGGAUAGUUUGGGGGACGGCAACGGCAUGGGCUUCGACAUGCAGCCCAUGAUGAUGAACCAGAACCCGCAGAUGUUUGGCGACUACCCUCAUGACGGUUCCCAGAUGCCUGGCAUGCCCGCGGGGUCCUUGUACCCUGACGAUUCGGCAUUGGCCGCGGGGGACGAGACCAAUGAUGCGAAGAGACGACGAAUUGCAAGAGCUUGCGAUAUGUGCCGGAAGAAGAAGAUCAAAUGUGACGGCAAGAUGCCCAAGUGCUCGCACUGCAUCAAUUAUAAGACAGAUUGCGUUUUCACCCAGGUCGAGAAGAAGCGGAACCCUCCCAAAGGGGCCAAGUACAUCGAAGGUUUGGAGAACCGCUUGGGCCGCAUGGAGUCGCUCCUGCGAUUGUCCGGGCUUCUUUCGGAAGACGAUAACGGCAAAACUGAUCUUGGAACUCUCGAGAAGCGACUGGCGGAUCGAACGAAUGCUUUGAAUGCAGCGAGGAGCGCGAACAAGUUUACCGCCCCGAAUGCAACCCAGCAAGCCACGGCUACCUCACACAAUACAACACCGCACAUGGAUUCGGGCUCAAGCCCGCGGUCGGCCGCUACCUCUCCGGAAUCCCAGAAGGAAUCUGAGACCGAGGUGGAAGCCUUGUCAGACAUGAUGUGUUCACUGGUUACUAACAAUUGUGGGGAGACUCGAUACAUUGGCUCCUCAUCUGGAUUCUCCAUCUUCUCUCCAAAGGGCAUCCAGUGGGUUAAUGAGAAAACAGGAGAUACUUCAUUCCAAGACAUGAUAUCGUCGGCUUACGUUGAUGACAACAAAUGGAUGUACUGGAAGCCGGAGAUCUUCAGCGACAUAUUUGCGCGGCGGGUCUUUAAGCCCUUACCCCCGAAGGAGGAGGCCCUUUCCUUGUUUAAGGACUUUUUCGAGAAUUUUAAUUGCGUGUUCCCUCUGUUUCAUGAAGCUACCUUCAUGCAUCUCGUGGAAAGGCAAUAUUCUCGUGAUCCCUAUGAAGGCUCUGGCUGGUGGGCCAGUAUCAACGUUGUCUUGGCCAUUUCUCACCGUCUUCGCGUGAUGAGCAAUCUGGUCCCUCAUGAAGAGGACAAGAAGGCGUGGCUGUAUCUCAAAAAUGCCAUGGGUGUCUUGACUGAGUUGACAAUGCGGAACACUGAUCUCUUGAGUGUUCAGGCAUUACUGGGCAUGUCGCUUUUUCUGCAAGGAACUCCAAACCCACAGCCUGCUUUCUUCCUAGUCGCCGCGGCAAUUCGUUUGUCUCAUAGCAUUGGAUUGCACAAGCGGGGCUCGGGCUUCGGACUGAAUCCAGUUGAAGUCGAGCAGCGAAAGAGAGUGUUUUGGAUUGCCUAUUGUCUCGAUAAAGAUAUCUGUCUUCGAUCUGGUCGUCCUCCUGUACAAGACGACGAUGACAUGAAUGUCGAGCUCCCCAGCGAAGAUCCGCCAGAUAAUGUGGGAAAUGUUCCUCUUGCGGAUGGGAAGGGCAAAUUCAAUCUCUUUAGAUCUCUUUGCGAGUUCGCCACCAUUGAGAGCAGAGUGUACAAGAGACUUUACUCAGCGAAAGCUUCCAAACAGUCGGACGGGGAAUUGCUUAACACCAUCGGUGAGCUUGACAAGGAGCUUGAGGAUUGGAAAGACAAUAUUCCGAUCGACUUCCGCCCGGAAUACGAAAUCCAGGCGACCCACGGCCCUCUUCUCCUGCACGUUGUUGUUCUCCAGUUUGCAUACUACAACUGCCUGACCACGAUCCACCGCAUGUCUGUGCAUCAUGGUUACUGGACAAGCCGUUUGUCCAACUAUGCCAUCCAAGGCCUAAAUGCCCGGCCUUUGAAUCCUAGAGUUUUCCUUUCAGCCGUCCUCUGUGUGACUGCUGCGAGGGCAUCCAUCAACUUGAUCAAGUAUAUCCCACAAGGUGAUUUUGCUUGUGUCUGGUUGAUUCUGUAUUAUCCUGUUUCAGCGCUCGUGACACUAUUCGCCAAUAUCCUUCAGAACCCGAAUGAUGCACGUGCUCGUUCAGACGUCAAGUUAAUGAACGUGGUGGUCAACUUCCUGUCUACCUUGGUCUCCGAUGAAUCCAAUGGAAGCAUCAAGCGCAUGCUUGGGCUCUGUGGUGAGUUUGAGAGAAUUGCAAAGGUGGUUCUUGACAAGGCCGAGAAAGAGUCGCACGCACGCAAGAAGCGCAAGACUGCCCCGGAUGAUUCCGAUCAACCGCAGCGGGAGCCAAACGAAGGACAGAAAGCAGCACCUCCUUCCGGCAAACCCACACAAGCUCCUCCUACAUCCGGCCCCUUUUCGCCAUCUAUGUUUACCAACAACUCUGCCACCUCGCCCAACGACGCGAGGCCAUUCAGCAAUGAUCCCUCUAUGCCAUCAAAUACCGGUCUAUCCAGCGAUCUGCCGGGUAACAUCCAUGCCAUGUCCGACCUUGGACAGGAUUUCCCAGAUAUGCUUAGCCCAGAUCAACUAGGCAAUGUCCCCUUUUCUGGCCAAGCUCCCUUUGACGCUAGCCCAAGCAUGGGAUCAUUCCAGCAGCCAUUUGUCCCACAGGAUUUGUGGCAGAUGCCCAUGACUAUCGAAUGGGAUUGGGCAGACAUGUCUACAAAUUUCCCAGUUUUUGAAGCCGGUGGAGGUGGCUCGAAUGGCCAACCACCGCAAUGA